CUUCCCCUCUCUCUCGUCUCUUAAACUGACCAGACGAACCAUAAAGUGCUCGAAAGCCAAACUAAACGGCCAGUGAUUUAUAACUACUGAUACUUAGUUAAGCAAAUAACGCUUAAGCUAUCUUUAAUUUCUUUAUUUAAGACCAAACGCGUGCGUAUCCUACUCCUACCUUUAUCGCGCCACUAGACUAUUCGCUUGCCGCCUUUACCUGUUUAAAGGGAAAAAAACGGGGACAUUGCUCCCACUGUGGGAAUCUUUCUCACAGUAGGGAAUGCUGGCCCCUUUUGCCAGCUAUACAACGGAAAAUAGGCCUAUCACUCAAAAUUUCAGCUCCAAUCGUUCGAAAGCGCGUUCUUGCACGCUAUUUCUGCACCAUAGAGUAUUCGCAUAUGGUGUUCUAUUGACACUCAAAAUCAUUAUAUUAUGUUUUUCCGAGCCCAGCACGAGCCUGAUCUCGAAGGCAAUCACGGAGAAAAUGAUGGGCACGCCUUUCUGGACUUUGAGGACCCUUCCUGGAUCAUCGACCACCAUCGCCCUAAUCUCAUCACAAAGAUCUGUAAACCAGUUGGCUCUCUGUUUAGCAUGAUAUUUACACAACGCUCUAAGAUGAAUAAAGAUUCAGACCGUAAGUCAGAACGGCGUUUGAGUAGUCGUGGUCACGAAAUCAUGCCAGACGAACGACAACCAGAACACAACAAUCAACACCUUCAAUGUGGAAUCGGCGCAAUUAAUUCUGAGCUAAAAGGCAACGAAGAGAGUUACAAUAUCGAUCUCUCUGAGCUACAACGCUUACGAUUACGACAACUCCAACAUAAGUUAGUCUAUCACGCAGUUGACCUACGAUACGACGCUAUGGAACCUUCAGGCUGGGCUGAGGACUUGAGACAGUAUGUUCAAGCUUUGCAAGAUUAUGAUUAUAUGGCAAAAUAUGCAUUACGGAAAGAAGACCCUUUUAUCGUGACUGGAGAGCGAGCUAUAGAUCGCCUUAUGCUCCAAGUAGCCAUGAGGAACAAGGAGAAUGAAGCAGACCCGCUGCGUUGGGAGAAGUCUAUUCUCUCGUGGGAGGCGCUCAACAUAAGACCAGCCCCUAUCGGUGGUACAAGAGACGGAAACUUGCGGCAGAGCUGGGUCAAGGGUUUCCGGCAACGAUUGGUGGUAGCCGCUGUAGGAGGUAUCUUGCUUAUAGCACCUAUGUGGCUGAUGGUCCUCCACAGGACACUCUAUACCGCUCUGGUUUCCACAUCGGUGUUCGUGUCUAUAUUUGGUCUUAUGAUGGCCUUAUUUAUUGAAGGGUUGAAGGACGUUCUUUCGAGCACGGCUGCUUACGCGGCUGUUCUGGUUGUUUUUGUAGGCUUGACAGUUCCUAAUAACACUUCUUAGGCAGAGACGCGAUAUUGUAUGACUAUCAAUCGGGGGAAAUGAUUUCAUGAAUAAAUGCUGAUACUAAUCGUCAUGUUCGAUCCUAGUAUAGAUUAUCAGCUUGCAGAGUCAUGUUCAAGACAUAUAGCUCGCUCAUAUGAUACCCGUACGUAGAAUACACCAUGCAGACUUGAUAUGAAUG